GGUUGGUGUACCCCUGCUGGGGUGAUCUGGCGCAGAGCGGAGGAGGUGCUUGGCGCUCGCUCCCGCUCCUUCGGUUUUUUUGCGGCCGCCGUUAGGUCGGCCCUGCUCUUGAGGCCCCCUGUGAAAUGUGGAUGACGCCCAAGAGGAGCAAAAUGGAAGUCGACGAGUCUCGCGUUUUCCGGUCUGAGUGGACCCAGCGUUACUUGGUGGUGGAGUCUCCGGAGGGCGAAGGGGCCCUGUGCCUGGUCUGUCGCCGCCUCGUCGUGGCCACCCGGGAACGCGACGUCAGGCGCCACUACGAGGCAGAGCACGACUACUACGAGCGGUAUGUGGCGGAGGGCGAGCGCGCGGCUUUGGUGGAGCGUCUGCGGCAGGGCGACUCGCCCGUGGUCGCCCCGCUCACUCCCGAGGAGAGAGCUGCGCGUGCAGGCCUCGGGCUCGCCCGCCUCUUGGCCCUGAAGGGUCGCGGCUGGGGCGAGGGGGACUUUGUGUACCAGUGCAUGGAGGUGAUGCUGAGAGAUGUGCUGCCCGAGCACGCCAGCGUUCUGGAUGGCAUUGAUUUAUCUCCAGAGCUCACACGGCAGAGGGUCCUGAACAUUAACCAGAAUCUACGCAGUCAGCUUUUUAACCGAGCCAAGGACUUUAAAGCCUAUUCCCUUGCUUUGGACGACCAGGCUUUUGUGGCGUAUGAGAACUACCUCCUGGUCUUUGUCCGCGGCGUGGGCCAGGACUUGGAGGUGCAAGAAGAGCUUCUGACCAUAAUCAACCUGACUCAUCACUUCAGUGUCGGGGCCCUCAUGGCGGCAAUCCUCGAGGCCCUGCAGGCAGCAGGGCUUAGCUUGCAGCGAAUGGUUGGACUAACCACGACCCACACUCUGAGGAUGAUUGGUGAGAACUCAGGACUGGUGUCGUAUAUGAGAGAAAAGGCUGUAAGCCCCAACUGUUGGAAUGUUAUCCAUUAUUCGGGAUUUCUUCACUUGGAACUGUUGAGCUCCUACGAUGUAGAUGUUAAUCAGAUCAUAAAUACCAUAUCUGAAUGGAUCGUUUUGAUUAAGACCAGAGGCGUCAGGCGACCCGAAUUUCAGGCUUUACUUACUGAAUCUGAAUCAGAGCAUGGUGAAAGGGUUAAUGGACGAUGUCUGAAUAAUUGGCUCAGAAGAGGGAAAACUUUAAAACUAAUAUUUUCACUAAGAAAAGAGAUAGAAACAUUCUUGGUUUCAGUAGGGGCAACGACUAUGCAUUUCACAGACAAGGAAUGGCUUUGUGACUUUGGCUUCUUGGUGGAUAUUAUGGACCACCUUCGAGAACUCAGUGAGCUCUUGAGAGUUAGUAAAGUGUUUGCUGCUGCUGCCUUUGACCAUAUUUGUACCUUUGAAGGUAAACUGAGUUUACUUCACAGACAUAUUGAGGAAGAAAAUCUGACACACUUUGCUGCCUUCAGAGAAGUUGUUGAUGAGCUCAAACAGCGUCAUAAAGAAGAUCAAAAAAUAUUUGAUCCUGAUAGAUAUCAAGUGGUGAUCUGUCGCCUACAAAAAGAAUUUGAGAGACAUUUCAAGGACCUCAGGUUCAUUAAAAAGGACUUAGAACUGUUUGCAAAUCCAUUUAACUUUAAACCUGAGUAUGCACCUAUCUCAGUAAGGGUGGAGCUAACAAAACUUCAGGCAAAUACAAACCUUUGGAAUGAGUACAGAAUCAAAGACUUAGGGCAGUUCUAUGCUGGAUUGUCUGCUGAAUCUUACCCCAUUAUCAAAGGGGUUGCCUGUAAGGUGGCAUCCUUAUUUGAUAGUAGCGAAAUCUGCGAAAAGGCUUUUUCAUAUUUGACUCGAAAUCAGCACACUUUAAGCCAGCCAUUGACAGAUGAGCAUCUCCAUGCCCUGUUUAGGAUUGCCACAACUGAAAUAGAGCCGCAUUGGGAUGAUCUCGUAAGAGGAAGAAAUGAAUCUAAUCCAUAAGCCUUUGUAGUACAACGUUGAAACACUCAACCAGAAUCCAAUUCUAAAAACAAAAAUUUGUUUGAUUUUUCAGGUUUACUGAUUUGGAUUGUGGGAAAGCACCAAGUUUAUUCAUCCAAAUUGAUCACAAUUCAAAUUCUUCUGACAGGUGUUUUUUUUUUUUUUUUUUAUCUCAAGAGGCAGCAUGAGACUAAAACAUGCAAACAUCUUUUUAAAAACUUGAUGACAAAGUCAUUGUCUUUUGCUUUUAUAAUUGUUUUUAAAGGAGUUUAGUACUGAAUGUGAGUUGAAUUAGGAGUCUGUUUUUAAGGCAUUUCAAAGAAAUUUUAGCUCUUAUUUUAACAAAGUGUUAAAAUUAUGAUGCAUAUAAUCUGAAAUAAUCAACUCCUUGAAUAUAUGUUUGAGCCAAUUUGCAGAAACUCAAAUAGCAAAUUCAGAAGUUUCUGAAAAGGAAGAACGUACAUACAAUGGAGGUAUUUUGUCUAACUAUCAAAAUGUUUGAGACUUUUUUUUAAACACAUUUCUGAAUCUGAAGUGAAUAUUGACAAAUUCCCGCCCUCUCACCCCCCUACCCCAGUGAUAAUGAUAUUACCACUAGAGGAAGUAAUCAAAGAAAAUUUUAGUCAGAGGAGCAAGAAAUAUUUUUAAAUUGCUGGUUUAGGAGGCUUCCUGCAGUUUGGAGAUCAGACUAAGCAAUUAUUGGAGGUUUCCCCUGAAUUUUUCAGAAUUGGGUGCCGUUACAUCAGCUUGCCUGUGAAAGGACUACGAUGCUUUCUGGCUCUUCUGGGAUUUAAAAGUAAGUAAAUUUAACAAAAUAUUAGAAGAAUGACUCAGUCAGCCCUUCUGGUUGCUAGAUACUCAGUUCACUUGCUUUCCUAUCUGCAGAGUGUCCUCGUCACCUACCCGAGGAAGAUGACCCAAAAGGGGCAUCUAGUCAAUGUGUACUUCUUAGAUUUGCUAUAUUUCUUUGCUUUCAUGUUCACAUGCCUCCCUGAAUUUAAUUUCUGGGUAACUAGGGCUUUCAGGCUUUAUGGAAGAGCCAUACCCUUAGUCUCUUUUUCUUUGAGCCAUUUUGUCCAAUUUAUGGGAUUAACCAACAUUAUACUUUUAGUUGGACUUUUAGUCAGUCAUUAACUCAUUCAGAGAUCUUAACAGUAGGUGUGAUAGUCACCCAGUGAUUUGAUCCUUGCUAUAAAACUGAGCUUUAACCAACCUUAGGAUUAAAGGAUUUCUUACUUUAUCUUUUUGUAAUUGAGAAGUGGCCUCAUCCCACUCAGUAAAUUCUUGAAUUCGUGAUCUCUCUCUAUUCCCUUGCAUUUCUGCUUGCAAAUUGAUGAAUUAUUCUUUGAGUUCAUCUCUUUCCUAUACAUUUUAUCAAAUGCAGCCAACAGGAACUAUAAAAUACUUUGUUUUCUUAUCUUUUUUGUCUUUAGUCAAGGAUGGAUUCUCUGCCUUCCAGGUUUUCUCAAGGGACGGUUUCCCUACUCCAUAACAUGAAUUGCCCCUGCAUAGAUUAUUUCUUUCAUCCUUCAAUAGCAAUUUCCUAAAUUCCUGCCUACUAAGCCAAUGUUCAGUGUGUCAGUUUUUUUAAAACAGAACCCAUUUCUCUAUCAGGAUGGGCUAGGUUGCCAUGCGGUAACAACCACAAAAUCUCAGCAGUGCACACAACUUUUCUCUUUCAACUUAGCCAGGGACUUUGCUCUAGGCCAGGGGUUAACGAGCUACAGCCCACAAGCAGAAUCUGUCCUUCUGCCUGUUUCUGUAAAUAAAGUUUUAAUUGGAAGACAGCCUUGCCCAUUUAUUUAUGUUUUGUCUGUGGUUGAUUUUACUCUACAAUGGCAGAGUUGAGUAGUCAUGACAGAGUGUAUGGCCCACAAAGUCUAAUAGUAUGAAGAAAGGAUGACAAAUCACUUAUAAGCCCCUAAAGUGCUUUCGUUGGCCAAAGCAAAUCACAUGGCCACACCAGAGUUUAAGGAGGAGUGUAAUUCUUCCACAUGCCUCAGAGGAAAACCGGAGUUAUCUGGAAGACAACACUCCUGAUUAACACAUGGCUAUAUCUCUCCAUUAAUACAAUUUCUUUCAAAAUACUUUUUCUUUUUGUAUUGAGGUAAGAUAUUCAGUAGAGUGUGUAAAUAUUAAGUGUACAUCUGAGUGGGUUUUUAUGUAUACCCUUGAACCCAUCACCCAGAUGAAGAUAUUGAAUGUUUCUAGCACCCCAGUAGGUGUCCUAUGUCCCUCCCACACACAGAUAACCACUAUUCUAACCUUGGUCACCAUGAAUUACUUUUGUCUGUUUUAAAACUUCAUGUAAAUGUAAUAAUUAUAUGUACUCUUGUGUCUUUUGUUCAACACUACGUCUAUGAGUCCAUGUUGUUGCAUGUAGCCACAGUUCCUUUUUUACUUCUUUGUAGUAUUCCAUUAUAUGACUAUUCCACAAUUUAUGAAUCAUUCUGUUGAUGGAAACUUUGGUGGUGUCCAGUUUGUGGUUAUUAUGAAUAAAGUUGCUAUGAACAUU